GUGAUCUACACGUUUUAGACACAUGCUGAAGUUUAAUCUUGCAGUGCCUUUGCCUGGUGUAUUUUGGUUGGAAAACUUGAUGUAGAACUGCUACAAAGUAUCGUAUUCUACCCAGAGUUAACUACCUGAGAAGGUGGACAGUUUCCAUGACUGACUACAAGGAGGAGCAGACAAAUGAAAUCGCUGCUUUGCAAUCCAUUUAUCCAGACGAAUUCACAGUGUUGUCUGAAGAUCCGUACUGCUUCCAUGUCACUGUGUGUUCAGAGGAUACCGGAAAUGAAGAGGAUGAGACCUACAGUGCAACUCUACAGUUCACCUACACACCCACAUACCCAGAUGAAGCUCCAAUAUUUGAGGUGACAGACGACGGGAACGUAGAUGAGGAAGAUCAGGAAAAGAUAACAGAAUUACUGCAACAACAGAUUGAAGAGAAUCUGGGUAUGGCAAUGGUGUUCAUAUUGGUCUCAGAAACUCAACAGUUCCUCAACAACAAAGUAGAUGAAGACAAGAAAGUCCAGGAGGAAGUGAAGCUACAAGAAGAAGAACAAGAAAAUCAAAAGAGAGAGGAAGAGGAACUAAAAAUAAAAGGGAAGCUGAUGACGAUAGAAUCUUUCCUUAUCUGGAAAGAUAGUUUUGACAAGGAAAGGUUAAUAGCAAGGGAAAAGAAAAUGGCAGCAACACAGUCACAGAAACUUUCAGGAAAAGAGCUCUUUGAGAGAGAUCACAAUCUUGUUGACUCAGAUAUGGCAUUAUUAGAUGAAACUGACAGAGUUGAGGUCGAUGAGUCUCUUUUUCAAGAAAUGGAAGACUUGGAUCUGGAUGUAGAAGAAGAUUAGGCUCUUUGUGAAAAUCAUGUGUAAAUAACAAAAAGGAAAUCUUUGGGAUGACACAAUGGUCAAUACAAGUAUUGAUAUUAUCCUCCAGAGCAAAGUGUACUUUUAAGGAUGGCUUUCUUUAAAGAUGCUUGGUUCGAUAUUAGGCUGAUUUGACCCACACAUUUAGAUUUAAAUUUUAAAUAAUUAUUUCUCUGUAGGUUUGAGAAAGUUUUAAGCUUUCAUUUUAGGUAUUGCAUGAAAACAUCAGCCACUGCUAAGUGGUAG